AUGGCAGAAGAGAAUGUCUACGAUCCCGACCUUGACCAGGACCUCGAAUUCUACGAAGGGCCAGAUCCUGCCGAGCAUAUUGGGAUGCCACCGGAUAUAAAAGCGCCCCGAAACCCCCUUGCACUUCGUGACAUUGGGUUGCGGCGUCGUCGGAGACGAUGGCUUGACAAGGCCUGGACGUGGAAUGAACCAUUGAAUCCGAUAUAUGAAGGUGUAAGAAUUCUCUCAAGUCAGGGUGAUUCUUUAGUAGGCCUUUGGAGAGCGGAAACGCAAUUUGGGCAAAAGAAUAUAGUUGUGAAGCAACGUCCUUGCUCGGAUCAUAAUUUGGAAGACCCGAGGGGACAAAAGUUGUCAGACGAGUCCAAACAUUAUGAGAAUUUACAAGCGCUACUUCCACCUGGUCAUAACCAUCACAUUGUGAAGCUCUUCAAGCGAGCCUGGGUAGAUGAAGGGAAAACUAUUUGA